AAAUUUUGUUGUUUAUAUUUCAUCGAUGUUGUUUUUGGCAUCAACUGAUAACGGAAAAUAAAAUAACAGAGUGCAAUAAACUAAUCGCCGAUUAACAAUUAAGGGGGAAAGAGGGGUAGGCAGGCAAUUGAAUGAAGAUAAGUCGGCGAUAGAACUCACUGCAGACCACAAGAGAAGCCAGAAAGCAACAGUCAAACUGUCAUCACCCACGUCUUCAACAUGCCGAAAUAUGUGCCAGCACGUGGAUACAAGGAGUUAGAUUCACUACUCCAGCGCUAUAAUGGACAAAAAGAAGUUGUCUACAUAUAUUUCUAUGGCGAAAAGGAUAGCAAAGGCGUAAGCUGGUGUUCCGAUUGUGUCGAAGCUGAAUCCACCAUUACGAAAGGAUUCACACAGCUUGCCAGUGAUGAUGCUGUUGUCGUGCAAGUCGACGUUGGCAAUCGUGAGGCGUGGAAGGAUCUUAACAACGACUUCAGAAAGCCACCACUGAAUAUCAGUGUAAUACCCACAUUAAUACGCUGGAACGGUGUCGAACGUUUGGAGGGUGAUCAUUUACGCAACAUUUCAUUGCUCGAGCUGUUCUUUGAGGAGACGACUCAAAAUAAUAGUAGUGCGACGAAGCCCUAGAGUAUCGAUGUUAUCGAAGUGUGCUUAGUGUAAACAAGUGAAAUUCACACGAGACAUUAGAGAGAGUGCACACAUUGAGAGCGACAGGCAGAGAGGUCGUACCAGAGCGAGUAUGUUCAAGAGAGAACACAUCAAGCAAGAGUAAAAUAAAUUGUUGAGUCAAACUCAAAAUACGCUCAAAAAUAA